AGCAAGGGAGAGUACUCAAAAUCAAGUCUUCUUAACCUUAUACAUUUUAUGAUGCCAAUGGCAAUCCAAGCUUGAAAACUAGAUCUAGAAUUCUAGACUUAGAUCUCUUUGAUUAUUUAAAAAUAAAAUAAUAUUUAACCUGUAAAUAGAUCUAGAUCUAGAUCUACUAAUUAUAAAUAAUAAAGAUUGCAGAUCAACCGCUGGUAAGAAAAAGUGGGUCUUCAUAAAUCAAUAAUGAUGAGUAUCAGACAUCUUCAGCAAAAUUUGUCCAGAUAUGUGUCCAAAACAACCAUGUACAAAAAUGAUGUAAUAAGAUUUCUAGCCACACGUUCUAAAUUUCAUGGCAUGUGGGAACCAAAUGAUUUGAAAUUACAGCCUGACAUACCAGAGUACAAAGCUCUCCACAUUGUCAUGAGAGGAUAUGAUUUUCCUGUUCUUGAGUCUUAUGCAAAAUAUCUACAUAAAGCAGUGGAAUCUAUUUUUAAGCUGGAGUCAGAUGCAUGGGCUACCCCAGCUAAAUCAACCGAAGUGCGCACCUUCCAUCAGAAUUCUUCAACAGUGAAUGAGAAAUAUAGUCUUAUUAAAUAUGACAGAACUGUUAUGGUAGAGAAUAUUCCUACCACAACUGUCCCCAUUUUACUACAGUUUAUUAGAAGACAUUGUCCCCAAGGGGUUGAAGUCUCUCUUAAAGAGCCUUCUGCGGAGGAAGAGGAAGCAAGAUAUGUUCCAGAUUAUCAAGUUAAAGAACUGCAAACUACAAAAGAUGCUAUCGCAUCAGGAAAACUAAGAAAAAAAUAAAACAACGUUGACUGUUUAAAUUGCUUUAAUUGAUUAUUACAAAAAUAUAUAUAAACCAUUGCAUUUUUUUUUUUUAAAA